ACUCGCGUCCUUUCCGGGCUUCUGCUACCGUCGCCACUUCAUCUGUUGUCGUCGUCGUGGCCUUGGCGGUGGUGGUUGGAGGAGAAAUGGGAGGUGUUUAGUGGAUGCCAAAAGUGAAUUAUUUUUUAAUGUUUUGGCUAGACCAAUAUUACUUACCUACCUUACAAGGCCACUUUUGUUAAAUAUACGAAGGUGCACGGCCGAUGACAAUCAUCAUCCCAAGUAGAAUUGGAAUCAAGGCCGAAUCUCGAUGAUUCUCUUUGAAUACUUUUCCUCGGUUCAUUCGAGAAAACAGUUAGUUUUGGCGGAUGCCGUCUUUGAUGUGCUGUGACUGUGCCGAACCGACAUUAUCAGCGAGAAAGUUGGUGUUGUGAUAAGAUACACAUCUUCUUAUAACCAGGCGUCUUCAAGCGGCGCCGGCAUGACCACGCGCCACUACGAGGUGCCGCCGCAGCUCGAGGACCUGCUCCUCGAGUUCACCGUCAACGUGCUCGUCAACCAGCCCGACAACCUGGUGGCCUACGCCGUCCAGUACUUCACGCGUCUCAAUGAGAGCGGCGCCAACAGCAAGCUGGCUCCGGCCGACACCAACAACGUGCAGGAUGGCGGCGUCUCCGACCAGGACGACUCGAUGAUGUCGGAGGAUGAAGGACCGCCACAGAACUGCAACUACCGGCGCAAGUCGGUGUUCGCCGAGGCCUACAACCCGGAGGAGGACGAUGACGAGGGUCAGAAGGCCGUGUUCCCUAAGUCGGACGAGCAGCGCGCUCGCCUCAGCGAUGCCGUGCAGGGCAUCCUGCUGUUCCGCGCCCUGGACCCGCACCAAAUGCAGGAGGUCAUCGACGCCAUGUUCGAGCGUAAGGUGACGGCCGGAGAGAACGUCAUCCAGCAGGGUGACGACGGAGACAACUUCUACGUCAUCGAGAGCGGCCGGUACAGCAUCUACGUCAAGAUGGACGACAGCGCAGAGCCGAAGAAGGUCGGCAGCUACGACAACAAGGGCAGCUUCGGCGAGCUGGCGCUCAUGUACAACAUGCCCCGGGCGGCCACAAUCACCGCGGACGAGGAGGGCUCGCUGUGGGCCAUGGACCGGCAGACGUUUCGGCGUAUCGUGCUGAAGAACGCCUUCAAGAAGCGGAAAAUGUACGAGUCGCUGCUGGAGACGGUGCCAAUGCUUAAGGCUCUCGAGCCGUACGAGCGGAUGAACCUGGCCGACGCGCUGGUGCCGCGCACCUUCACCGACGGGGAGCUCAUCAUCGAGCAGGGCGACGAGGCCGACGGCAUGUACUUUGUCGAGGAGGGCACCGUGCGCAUCACACGCACCGAGCACGGACAGGCGGAGGUCCAGAUAAACGUCAUCGAGAAAGGCGGCUACCUGGGCGAGCUGGCGCUCAUCACCAAGAACCCGCGCGCCGCCUCGGCCUACGCGGUCGGCGACGUGCGGCUGGCCUUCCUCGACCGCGAGGCGUUCGAGCGCCUGCUCGGCCCCUGCAUGGAUGUCAUGAAGCGCGAGAUGGAAAACUACGAGGAGGAGCUGCAGAAGAUAUUCGGCUCGUCGGUCAACAUUUCGGACGUGCGAUGAGGGCGCGGUCGUCCGGGCGCGCCGGCGCUCGCUCGCUCGCCGCCCCAUUCCAGUGUCUAGUCGGCGGUGCGGCCUGCACGGAGCGCCGCACCCUCACCACACACCUUGACGCUGUUGUAGAGUAGGCUGUAUGUGAGGCGCGCCUCGGGGCGCCGCCGCUGGGUCGCCCGCGCCGCCCUCAGGGACGGUACCCGAGACACUCCCAUAUUUUUGCACACGGAUGUGCCAAACGGCGGCGGCGGCGGUGACGAAGUCGCGGGGCGCGUCCGAAUGGUUGGUGGCGCGGCGUCCCGGGUGCGCCCGCGCCCCGUCCCGCUCCGGCCGCCGGCUGUGUAUAUGAGUUCAGACCUAGUUAUCUGUGUGUGCGGCGCGUUCGUUCAGCGUGAGUUGCGUUGCGUUCUGUGGCGCCCACUGCGGCCGCGGGCCGGCCAGCUAUGCAGUAGGGUGCGCCGCGCCCUCGGGAGCCGCUCUCGGUGGGCGCUGCCGGUGCCCGCUUCCCCCUCCCCUCCCCCUUCCUGUCCCGCCCCGCCCCUUUUCUCGAUCAAACUCCCCUACCGUUAAUCGUGUAAAUGAGUUGUCAAUAAAGUUACCAGUUUCA